AUGUCUUCAACAGGUGAAGACGCGUGUUCGCUGCCAACGAGCGCGGCUACGCUUCCGAGCUUACAUGCUAUAAGGAAACUGCUUCCCGAAGUUGCCUCUGAUAUCGCUAAAGUUACCAACAUAUCCGAAACAGCGCAAGACGGUCACAGUGUUCGACUGGCAAUAUCGAGCAUGUCGUCGACGAUAGACGACAUCAAGUCAAUCUCUGCAUACCUCGCUACGCUCAGCCAGAACCUCGAACAAGCUAUCCUAUCCCAUUCCCGACUCAUCCCCGCUGCCCAUCAAAUUCCCGUGGAACUCCUCGCAUACAUCUUCCAGUUCAGUGCACAGACAGUCGUGGAGCCCAAGAACCAGCAAGCCAAGCUGCAAUACCAUCGUCCCUGGAGGACUGAGAUGAACGCACAUGGAUCCCUGAACGUUGCACAAGUUUGUCGCAGGUGGAGACAGGUCGCCUUCGGCACUCCAUCUUUGUGGAAUACUAUCAAAUUCGCUUCCUCUAUAAAGAAACGCGCGUCUUCUCUGCCUCUUCCGUUAGAGCCAAUGCGGCGGUCAGCUCAGCUUCCGGUGUUCAUGUUCGUCGAUACUCCUCGGAGGGGAAAAUUUGGGUUCGUGCAGGCAGGCUGCCCAUCCGACGUCGAGCUUUUCCAGAGCGUCAAGGGCGUCGACUUCGUAGGAUGCAAUCCCAAUGGGAAACCUCGGCUUAGGGGGCCGUUCCCAGAAUUUCUUUCGUUGCUCCAAGCUCUACGUCCGCUAUUGGUGUUCCCGAACCUUGCGCGCCUUUCGCUCGCUGAUGUUGACAUUCAAGAUAUUGAGGCUGCAUUAUCGCGCCCCUCAACUGCCGAACUUCUCGACCGCCUCACACAUCUCCAUAUCCGACCAAUCUGGAACAUGGCGAUGGUCCUCUUGGCGCAGGUUCGCCAUUGGGGGAACCUGACGGCGCUCUACAUCGACAUGCCCUCAAUUGAUCUCGAGGGUCCACGUGACCUCUUCCCCCUGAUUUUCGCUAACAUGUCAAACCUCACCGAGUUGUUCAUCAGUGUUAGAAGGAUCUCGCCUGCACCUCCAACCCCGCUCUCAUCCAAUAAACUUCGCGUAUUCGGCAUCGCCCUGGACUCUGUCACGACACUUGUGAACAGGGACACGGUGGAAACCUCCCUGGAGACUCUUUUCAGCAAAGUCAGGCUCCCCUGCCUCACCCAAUUUGCCACUCAAGCGCCGGUGUCUCAAAGCCCAGACCUAGGGUAUAUUCGUCGAUUCCUGGAGCGUUCAGGAUGCCGCUUGCUGGAUCUGGCGCUCCUCUCCGACACGUCAUUUGUCUCAAUGAACGAAGAUGGCCGUACCCUCACAAUACACGGCGGCCCGCCGACCGGCGCUGAUGCGGACUCUGCGCUUCGAGAGGCUGCUGCCGCUCUAGCCCAAGAAUUUGGUAUUCCGUCAGUGGAGCUGGCCUCGAGGAUGGAAGAUACUCGAGCAUUCCAAGAGGCCAAGGACAGGUGGUAUGAGAUACGAUCUCCUUAA